AUGCUCGGGGACGACGGGACAAGCCGUCGAUCAAUAAUUGCUCCCGUACAGCGACGCAGAGCGUCAACAGGGGAACAGUGGAAGUCGUCGGCGUGGAACCGGAAUCUGGCAAAAACGUCGGCGAUCGGCGCCCAGGGCGUGUCGUCCGACACGCCGUUAAGCCCGGCCGCUAGAAGCUCCGGAAUAGAAGUAGUGGAGACUACACAAUUUCGAUUAUCAUGUUUGCAAAGCAGAACACGAGUGAAAUUUGUUGUGGUGACAUCUCCACCAUCUGCAAUACCAGUGGAAUCGCUCCUUAAUAAGAUUUAUGAACUCUAUGCUGACUAUGCGUUGAAGAAUCCAUUUUAUGCCAUUGAUAUGCCAAUCAAAUUUUUGUAUUAA